UAUUCCAGAAAAUCAGUAACCCAAAAAAGUCACCCCUUUUGCUUUGCUUGGCGUCCUUACUCUUUUAUUGUUCUUUCUUAUUCUCUCUGUCACUCUUUCUCUUGCUCUCGCCUCUCAUGCCGGCUUCGAAUAUUUACUGCGAGUAAAGCUAAGCCCAGUGCUGUCCUGGUUGUCUUCUCCUUAGGAGUGUGUAGUUUGGUAGCUCAGGCAUCAAAUUUUUCCCGCAAUACAAAUAUAUGUGUGUUUCUGUUAAUUGGCAUUAAAAGUAAAGAGCCAUGCAAAAGGAGAAUAAUACAGCGCCCCCAUCAGCUGCUGCUGUUCGGUUUCGGCACCGUAAACGAUCCAAUGAGGUGGUUCCAGAACCUAGCAAAGCAAAUGGUGGAAAUUUGCUUGUUGAUGACCGUAACAAAUACAAAUCAAUGUGGAUUCGGACAUACUCUACUGUUUGGAUGAUUGGGGGUUUUGCAUUAAUUGUCUACAUGGGUCAUCUCUAUAUAACAGCUAUGGUGGUGGUUAUCCAAAUAUAUAUGGCAAAGGAGCUGUUCAAUCUACUCAGGAAAGCACAUGAAGAUACACAUCUUCCAGGAUUUAGGCUAUUAAAUUGGCACUUCUUCUUCACUGCAAUGUUAUUUGUCUAUGGUCGCCUUCUCAGUCAACCACUCGUUAAUACUGUAGCUUCAGAUAAAUUUUUGUAUCAGUUUGUUAGCAGCCUUAUCAAGUAUCAUAUGGCUAUCUGUUACUUCUCAUACAUUGCAGGUUUUAUGUGGUUUAUUCUUACAUUGAAGAAGAAGAUGUACAAGUAUCAAUUUGGCCAGUAUGCAUGGACACAUAUGAUUCUGAUUGUGGUGUUCACACAGUCAUCCUUUACUGUUGCCAAUAUCUUUGAAGGAAUUUUUUGGUUUCUUCUUCCAGCAUCGCUUAUUGUUAUCAAUGACAUUUUUGCUUAUAUCUUUGGUUUCUUCUUUGGAAGAACCCCAUUAAUCAAAUUAUCUCCAAAGAAAACAUGGGAGGGAUUUAUUGGAGCAUCUGUCACAACUAUCAUCUCUGCGUUCAUGCUUGCAAAUAUCAUGGGUCGUUUCCAGUGGCUAACCUGUCCAAGGAAGGAUUUAUCAACCGGUUGGCUUAAAUGUGACCCAGGUCCAUUGUUUAAGGCAGAGUCUUAUACUUUACCAGGAUGGAUUAGUCAAUGGAUUCCUUGGAAAGAGAUCUCUGUUCUGCCAGUUCAGUGCCAUGCUUUAUGCCUUGGUUUGUUUGCCUCAAUCAUAGCACCUUUUGGGGGCUUUUUCGCAAGUGGUUUCAAAAGAGCUUUUAAAAUCAAGGAUUUUGGUGAUAGUAUUCCUGGGCAUGGUGGAAUUACAGAUAGAAUGGAUUGCCAGAUGGUGAUGGCAGUAUUUGCCUAUAUCUAUCACCAGUCAUUUAUUGUGCGUGAAGGCAUCUCAAUCGAAAUGAUCUUGGACCAGAUAUUGACGAGCCUUACUUUUGAGGAGCAGCAAACUCUUCUCGUGAAGCUCGGGCAGAUCUUACAGGAAAGACUUGGACAUUCAUAAAUAUGUGGCUUAAUUCUGUACCAGCUAUUACCUUCUUUCUCCAGCAUGUAUCGUUCAUGGUGGUGUAACAACAAAGGAGGAAAAGAAAGUGCUUUGUAUAUGGUGUUGUCCUUGUUUUACCAUUCAAAUAUUUUUAGCCAAGAGUUAUUCUUUAUGCUCUCACUCUGUAUAGUGUAUGUUAAGCAAUUAUUUGUUAAUUAAUAUACAUCAAACCUUAAGCCAAAUAAUUUUGUUUUGCCAUCGGUUUUGAGUAUUGCAAAGAACUAAA